CCUCUGUUUAUACAUCCAGAAGCAUCUGGAGCCAUGCCACCGAGAAAGAGCAAAGACAAAGAGGUUCAGCCAACCCAGGCUGACCAUGCAGACGACAGUCCACUCCACUCUGAGGGCGAAAAUGAUCCCAUCACUUUUCUCCCAGUGUCACCUCUAGCAGAACGGUCUUAUGGGAAUCCAGUGUUUAAGGAGAAAGAAGCAGAUCGUGGAGGUGACUUUGCUGAAUCAAGUAAUAUGUUUAGAGGUAUGAUGGAACGUCUGGAUUUAGCAUUCAAAGAAAAGAACCAAACUAUGCAGAGGCUGGUUGAGAGUCAAGCAGAAUCCUCCAGACGUCAGGAAGAGAUAAUCAGACAAUGUAUGGAAGACAUGAGAUGGGUCUUUGAGGAAGGCACUAGGGUGAUGCGAGAAACUGGGGAAGAAAGUCGCAGAACACUACAGGCUGUUUCAGAACAAGUGGUUGAGCAAGUGCGACAGCCCAGACCUGAGAUUCCUCCUCCAGUCGUUGAAAUGCCCAGACAGAUUCUGUAACACCCCACAUACCUUAGUGAAUAAUUUAAAAAUUAGUUUCCUUUAGUUUAUAGUUUUAGGGACUAAAUUGAUUGAAUUUAAAGUUUGGGGGCUUUAAGUAGAAUUAAGUAGAAGUUGAAUGACCAUAACUCAAUUAUCCCAAUUUUACUUACCACAUGGCAUUUUCCCAACCAAGUUUUUUUGGUCUUUGUCGGUGGAAGCUUGGAUAAGCCUCCAAAAGCCUCAUUUUGCUUUCUCAUGCCUUCCUCUUCCACCCACAUCAUUUUCUUUCUCCUUUCUCCACCAAGGUUAAGGUGCUUUUGUUAGAUCAGUAGAUCGAGGUAGCAGCAUCUCGGUUUAGGAGCUUUUGGCACGGGACUCGCAUGUUCGUUGUAUGUACAAGCUAGGGCCUCGUGUUUUCAAUAGGGAGGCAAAUCGAUAUCUUACCAAAACCAUGAUUCAACUUUUGUUUUUUUGAAAAGCUUUGAAGAAGAAUUUGCCUCGUAUAAUUUGUGUAAAUUAGCUUUAUGUAUAAAACUUUUAAAUUAAU